AUGGCCCCUUCAAAUAGUUCCUACUCUGCCUCGGGCAGAGGGGGAGGCAGCAGCAGGGGAGGGGGUCGGCCCUACGGGCGUGCUGCUGCCAGCAGCAGCCCUGCAGCAGCAGCAGCAGCAGCAGCAGGAAUAGCAGCAGCAGCAGCCGGCGGUCCUGCUGCGUCUGGCGCGGGCAGCAGCAGCGCGCGCAACGACAGCAGCCUGGCUGCUUCGCGGGGGGGCCGCGGCAGCAGCAGCAGCAGCAGCAGCUCGCUGCCGAGCAGCAGCAGCAGCAACAGCAACGCUGCUGCUUCCCCCCACAGCAGCGCGACGAGCAGCAGCAGCAGCAGCAAGAAGUCCCAACUGCCUGCAGCAGCAGCAGCAGCAGCAGCGCCCCCAGCGGCGACCGCGGCAGUGGAGGGCUCGUCCGAAAGCGCCUCGGGCCCCGCAGCAGCAGCAGCAGCAGCAGCAGCAGCAGCAGCAGCAGCAGCAGGGGAGCAGCAGCAGUUCGAAACGCGGGAACAGGCGCUGCAGCGGCAGCGCAGCAACUUCGGACUUUUGGGAAUUUUAAAAGUAAUUAAAACAGCAGAUCCCGACUUGAGUGUUUUGGCCUUGGGGACGGACUUGACCAGUCUCGGCUACAACUUAAACUCCACAGAGUAA